UGUUCAAACCUUUGCCAAUUCCCAAGGUUAUAUUUUAGUGAAAAAAAGAACAUAUAAUGAUCAGUAUGGUAAUCUAAAAAAUAUGACACUGCGUUGUGAUCAAGGUAGAGUUUACAGCAGAUCAGAAACACAUCAAAGACAAACAAAAGACUUAUUAGGACAUCUAAUGUUAUAUCGACUUACAAAGGACCAAUUAGUAAGAGUUACAGAUAUGAUAACCUCUGGUUCAUGUCCUCUAGAAAUAAUAUCAACCAUCUGUCAAAAUAAUCUAUCAGCAUUAGUAAUAAUUGAAGCAUUGAUAGAUGAGCUUAGAGAGGGUGAUUAUAUGUACGAAUAUAAAUGUGAUGAUAUAGAAAAAUUCGUUAAAGCUUGGACCAAUAAGUUUUUUUAUUUGGGGGCAACUGUUACCUCCCAAGUUGAGGGUGCUCAUGCAACAAUAAAAACAUAUCUACGUAUAUCAGCAGGAGAUCUUCAUAAUGGCAAAAUUUCUAGUUUUGCCCUUAAAAAAGUAGAUGAGCAGUAUCAAAAGAUAAAAUAUGCUACUACACAAGAUCCUUUACCAAUAUGUACUGGAUCUUUCUAUAGCACAAUGGGUUUACUUUCUCGCUCACAAAUACCACCUGUUGAGACAAAUAUUCCUGAAAUACAACCUCUUUUGCAAGCCUUAGAAGAAAAAGAAAGACCUCCUAGUGCUUCUAAUCGCCGAACAAAUAAUUCAACCAGAAGAGAUCCCUCUGGAUUUGAGUUGGUAGAACGUAGAAUAAGACGAUGCAUUCAUU